AUGUCUCAACAAACUACUUUCCAUCCCAAAACCAUCACCAUUAGCAUGACAAUCGGCGGCGUCGUUGUUACAAUCCAGCUCGGUGUGGAUUCUGGCCCGGGAGGAUAUCCGGAAGCCCAAGGGGGCUUCGCGAUGCCCGACUCGUUCAUCAUCCCAGAAGAAGUCGCCGACACCAUUAUGCCUGAAGCGACCAGUGGACAUCCCCCAGGCGAAGAAGUUUCGAACGAAGAAUUUCUACAACAAGUGGGCUUCCUUCCGCCAAAUCCUUGA